AUGGCUCAGUGUAAACAGACAGCUCAGGAAUUUAUCCAGAACACAUUUAAUCCGCAUGUGGCGGUGUUGUGUAGUCCAGACGCUGAAGUGUUGUGCCAGAAGAAUAAUCUGACGUUUGUAGAGCUUGUGCAGCCCUUCUGUCACCUUACAACUGAAGCUCACAUUCGUGACCCUAACAAUGUGCCACACUGUAUUCGUCACCUGAAGAUUUCUAUGCUGGAUAUGACAGCACAGGCGCCCCAACAAGCAAUUGCCAGGAAGAUGAUGAGUGAUGCUGUUGCCAAUGCCCAGCCCCAACUGGUCGAAGGGGGCAGGGGAAAUGUCAUAUCCAUUGGCAACUAUGACCUUCAGCUGUCAGCAUCUACACCUUGGUUUGAAGCCUACAGAGAUGUUUUUCUUCAAGUACUGCCUCCUAGUGACCACGAGUUCCUUAACCAUUGUGUGGGAUGUGUGUUUGUCGUUUCCUCUGGUCACUCUGACCCAAUCACAGGGUUUAAUAACCUGGCUGGACAACAGUAUCAACAGCAGACACAGUUCCCAAACAAGAUGCCGCGGUGGCUGGCACCCAAUCUUCUCAAGUAUUAUGUACUGCUGCAUGAUGUCACAGAAGGGGAGGAUGCAAAAGCUGAUGCUGUUUACCAAAGUAUGAAGUCAACAUAUGGAGCCAGCGGAUGUCAUCUCCUUCAUAUAAACUCCCGUAGCAUCAAGGUUGCAGAUAGCAUGAAGACAGAUAGUAAUCUGCCUGACCCCUGGAGUCAAUUUCUGACUAAACCUGUGGAUAUCUCUAAUUCUAAAAAGCGCCAAAAGGCUAGAUAUUACAUAGCAUGGGAGGGAGCCGAUUAUGAUGUCUCCAUUGGUAACGGUACAGACGAUGGUGUGGCAUUUCCUGGCAAGGUAUCAGAAGGAACGCUGGAAUCCUCCUCACUGAAUGAUAGCUUGCUGGUCGAGUCAGCCUCCGAAGCACUUGAAGCAGCAUCCUCAGGCUCUGGGGCAGACAGCGACAUGUUUGACCAUCCUCUCGCAAUGGACCAUUCUACAAAUUCAAUUAACCAUGUGGAGGAUCGUUUGUCACCAGACGACUCUGUCACUAUGGAAACCAACCACACAGGAAAUAAUACAAAAGUGCAGACAACUCCUGAUAAAAAAGUGCGUGGACAUGGCAUGUGUUUGACCACUAGUGAUCAUGAUAGACUUCGAAUAUUUAUACACGAGUUCAGUGUCCGCGCUCUAAUUCCAUGGGCGGAGAUGUCCAUGAGGUUCCUUAAUGAACAGUUGACAUCAAGAAAGGGUAUUCCACGUUCAAUAUUCAGCGUAACAAAGAAGUGGUUUGGAGGCAACAAAGCAACAGAGAAGGCUGCUGCAACCAACCAAAACACAACUGUAGUGUAUUCUCAGGAAGCACCAGAAUUACAAAUGCGACGACUAGCAGACUUAGCAUUCCUCUUCCAGAUGUAUGACUUUGCAUACCAGACGUACCACACUGCCAAGCGUGACUUUAACAACGACCAUGCAUGGCUGCACACUGCGGGUGCACUGGAAAUGGCGAGUCUCUCAGUGUUUAUGCAGGGGCCAGUCAGCUCCCAGAAAUAUCCCUCUCACUACAUGGAGUCUGCCAUCACUACUUACUUACAAUCAUGCAAGAAUCCGUUAUAUGCAGCCCGAGCGACCCUGGUUAGUACUGAGGCCCUGAAGAGUAAAGGGAUGUACAACGAGGCUGCCUUACAGUUCAUUAAGCUCACCAGCGAGGACUCGGACCUCAGAAGCGCCUUACUGCUGGAACAGGCAGCCCACUGUUACAUCAAUAUGGAGACACCCAAGGUCCGCAAGUAUUCCUUCCAUAUGAUCUUGGCAGGUCAUCGCUACAGCAAGGCUGCUCAGAGGAAGCAUGCUCUACGAGCCUAUUCGCAAGCUUUGCAGGUGUACAAAGGCAAAAACUGGUCCCUGGCUGAGGAUCACAUCAAUUUCACUCUUGGUCGUCAGUCGUUUAACCUUAAACAGUUAGAGAAUGCCACAGCUGCCUUCAAACACCUUUUAACUGAGAACAGCAAGCAGAUAGCUAGUCAACAGGGUGCCUUCCUCCGGGAAUACCUGUUUGUAUACAAGCAAUUAUUGAGUCAAGAGGCAGGAGAGUAUGGUCACAAUACCCGACCCCUGCCAGAGUUACCACUCCCAGUCCUGGACAGCAACUCCACCAAAGUACUUCUGGGGGCCAGACCACAGCCCAGUCAAGCACCUGACAAAGUAGCUACAUCUGGAGUUUGGUUUGACCACAAAGAGAGUAAUCAUCCCCGAUGGCAGAAGCUGGAGGAGGCAUUAGUGGCCGCUGCUGUAGGGGGUCUACCUAAUACAUUUAGGCCGACGCUUCAGUGCUACACCAAUAGAACCGACAAUAAAUACAGUCCUGUGGGAUUUGUUGGAGAGCCAAUCAUCGUGGAGGUGUACCUGGUGAACCCUCUGAAGGUCAUGCUAGUGCUAACAGAGGUGACACUGCUGUGGAGUUUCCUCCCCAGCCUACCAGGACAGGAUAAAGCCCAACUUAUCACUAACGAGGUGUCCUCAACCUCUGUCAAGAAUACACUUGCCAAUGAGAUCAUCCAGACACAGGUCAUUGACGAAAUCAUCAUGGAUGCAAACAGCAAAUUGACGACUCAGAUCACCUUAACUCCACAUCAGACAGGAGAGCUGAGAAUUGUGGAGAUAUCCUACAACCUUGGAGGUGUUCUUAUUGAGGGAAAUGGUCCCAAACCAAACAUGUCUAACACCAUAUUUGUCAGAGGUAAACAGAAGCUUGAGGUUCAAGGCCCUCGUCUCAACAUUACCAAAGAAGAUAAAGCUAACAAGAUGUAUGGGCCAGAUCGAAGACUCGAUCUCGUUAUACAACAGGAAAUGCCUUUAUUACAGGUCUCGUUUUGUAAUUUUCCUCGUACACUGUUAUGUGGCGAGGUUCAUGCUGUGAUGUUACAGUUCACAAACGUUGGUUCUAGUCCCCUUCACAAACUCAAGGUUGCUUCAACGUGUCCCGAGUUUUUUACACUUGGUUGCCAUGGACAACUUCCAAAAUUUCCGUGUGUUUAUCAGUCGGCAAUGGAUGUAGGUGUAAGUGACAGUGAAUGUAUGUGUAAUUCUAUAUCUAAAGACAGUGUUAAUGUAACACGCGUUGUUGACAUUGACUUACCCAGUGGAACUCUUCAGCCAAAAAGUACAAUUUCAAUACCCGCCUGGAUACGGGGAAACGACAUAGGAGGAAUUCACGAAAUUCAUUUUAUGUUUUACUAUGAACCAGUGCAACAGUUACCUAAUAUAAGCCAUAGACUAUUACGCCACACUGCGGUAGUGAAUACACUAGAGUCUCUGAGUGUACGAGCUAUUGCGCACCGAGGCAACAACACAAGCUCACAUCCAAACGGUCACCGAGGUUCCUGUGUUGUUAUGUGUGAACUAGAAAACCUUAGUCAGAUACAAAGUCAGCGUGCGUAUGUUAAGGAGAUUCAGAUCAACCAGGUGUCAUGUGCUAGUGAAGAAUGGACUAUACAGUACCUCAAUUCUCAACACGUCAAAUCAGAGAUACAGAUCGGCAGUCGGGAAACCAUGCAACUAUGUUUGAAAGCUGUCCGUAGUUCUACAAAUUUAGAUACUAUCAUGGGUAAAGAGUCUAUUGUAUUCAGUGAUGUCCCCUUCGACACUCAACAGAUAUGCAGUGCAAUGACCCCUUGUGCAGACUUUUUCUUCCGAUCAAAAUGCAGUAUUAAGCCUCUGGAUCCAGAAGCAGAGGUCCCUGUGCCUCCGAGUAAACGGAAGACGUCGGAAUUCACCGAUCUUAACUGUGCCAUACAAGUAGGCUUCACGCUGGUCAUCUUGUGGAAGGCUUGUGUAGUCAAUGAGGAUGGAGAAGUACAGAUCAGAGUAGGUCAACACCAUGUGACUUUGGAGAAAAUUGACAACAUCUUCACCUCCUAUCCUUAUGUUCUUAUUCCGACAGAACAACCAGCUGUUAGAUUUGUGAUGAAGGACCGGGAGGCAGAGGCAUCCACCCCUGACUCAGAAGUUACCACACAGCUGGUUGAUCUCAAUUUUAACCAUAGGUCAGAGGUCAAACACAAUUUCAGCAAUGGCAGAUUGUGCCAAGUUCCAGUGACGUUACUUCUUCAAAAUUGCUCAAAAGUGACGCUGGAUGUUCUGGUUGAUACAAGUCAAACCCCUGACAGGUUGAGCAGCAAAUCUAAUGAAGCAUCAAUGUAUGACCACGCAGGAGAGUACCAUCAUAACAGCAGUUUUAACUGGGUUGGCCAGACCAUCACACAGCUACGUCUGGAGGCCGAGCAGCAGGCUGCAGUGCAAUUGUCUGCCUGCUUCAGCAAGCCAGGGAUCUACAACCUGAACCGUGUGGCCGUGUUUGUGACUUACAGUCGUGACUCUAACAAGAUGGUGCUCCAGAGACAUAGCUCUCCUAGUGUUGUUGUCAUCGGUGAAGUGUCGUGAUUGUAUUUCUUACGGAGCCUUCUGAUGAGUGGGACAGUGAUGGCUUCUCCUAUAAUAACGAAACAUCAAUUCAGUUGCUUGAUUGGUAUAAAUGGAGUAUUAUCUGCUGACAUUUGUAUUGUCUUCCCUGAUUUCCAGAAUAUCUGUUAAAGGUUUCAAUAAAUGUUUCCUCUCACUGGUUCAACAGCUGUGGGACCUUUCCAAUGCUGGUGAUAUCAGGUAGCUUUCCAACUGGUGAUCUGUCAGUGAAGGCUUUGAUCUUCUGAAUGAGUUUCUGUCAGGGAGGAGACAGUGGUUUGACAUCAAUGAAGCCAUACUUCUGAUGUUUAUUAGGGAGAAUAUUACUGUGACAAUAGUGAAGUUGGAUUGAUGUUUUGCCAUGGAGGAGAAUUGUGUUCUGUUAUUGUCAUGCCGUCAGUAAGGACUCAAGUAGCAUCUUCUAUUAUUGACAAACAAAAUUCAAUUUGAUUAUGAAAUUCAGUCAAAUGAUAGUGACAUUCAGUGCUGAAUAUAUGAUGUAGGGUGAGUGUAAGGAAUCUUCAUCUGUGGAAACAGACUUUUUAUUAAGGUGUUUGCACACAGGAGAGUUACAACACACUUUAUCAUCAGUACGGAUACUUCAGACAUUUUUAUUUGAUGCAUCAUGAAGCAGCUUUUAUAUACAACUGUUUGACAUGUGCACAAUAUUGCUUCCAUCACUAUGGUGACCAUGUAUACACAACAACGUUGGUACAGACAAAACUGUUAUUUAUUGUUCCACAUUAAACGCCCUUGACUGAUGGCCAGUUGUCAUCAAUUUUUUGCAGUGAAUCUGGCUAGUGUACACCACCGCUUAUCAGAUGAUAAUGUGUAGAAACUUAUUUGGCCGUGAUGUUCAUCCACCGGUGUGACGUCGAAGGAUGCGAUUUAACCAUUCCAAUCAUAAGUCUUGUAUCUAUCUAGUACCAAAGUAUCUGGCUUGAAAUAUCUUAUUAUGAAUAUACUGGAUGUUUUAAGAGAUUCCACUAAUUAAGCAUUGACAGCUUCAUAAUGAAACUUAUGAAAGUAAAAGUAUACUUCAUAUAAUCACAGAUUUUGCACAAUUUUAAUGGCCAUGUUAAUUUUAAUGAAAAUCUGAAUGGUAAAUUUUAAUUGAAAUCUUGAGAGUUAGAUUUUAAUGGAAAUCUGAGUGGUAGAUUUUGAUUGAUAUCUGAAUGGUAGGUUUUGAUUGAUAUCUGAAUGGUUGGCUUAUGCUACAGACAUUAGAUGGCUAUGUGUGGUACUGUUUUGUGACUUUAUGUGAUCAGUGGAGGAUGAACAGGAAGCCAUGUACUGGUCACAUUAUAUUUAUCUAAUGGCAAAAUAACUGCCAAUUUAUCCUGUGAUAAUUCUUUUUACAUGUUUUGGAGAUAUUACAUUUGAAUACUGUUCAAGACUUUGACGUUAAUGUGAAUUUUUGAAUAACUAAUGAAAUGUGAAUAAUGUGCGAUUAUUUAAAUGUGCAACUGUAUUCACAUCUUCAAGUCAACAUUAUACACCUGUCCAGAGACUGGUCGUUAGAUGUCAGAAGAUGUGAGUUAUUAUCAAGGGCAUUGUCUGUCAAGGUCAUUGUUAAGGUCAUUGUCUGUCAAGGUCGUUUUUAAGGUCAUUGUCAAGGUCGUUCUGCCCUUUGUGUUCAAGCUUGUAUAUAAUGAUAUACAACAACCAUUUUUAUUGAACUGGGACAGACACAACAGAAGCUAUUCCAAGGUAAUUAUUCUUUAUUUGUUAUGCUUAUUAGAUCAAGUCAAGUUAAAUCACACAGAUUUAGGACAUGUCAUGUUCUCUCAUGCUAGAUGAAAAUCUGUGUUCUGAACUGUGCAAGUAUUAGGUAAUGGCAAUAUAGAUACAAUCAACUUGUUCACAUGCAUAAAAUGAUUAAUCAAAGAAAAUACCAAGUGCAAUCAACAUCUUGUUCAGGGUGAUUGUAUCAUAUUCGGUGUUGUUUUUUUUCUAUUAUUUUAUUUUUUGUCGUAGAAAUAAAUCAUAAAUACGUAGACUGCUGUUGAUGAUUUAUUGAUAGUCCCAAAUAAGAUUUAGAUCACAGUCACUUGAAAGUAACUGUCUCUCUUUUUCUUUUUUUAUUGCAGAAUUUUCAAUUUUUCCUGGUUGUCUUCUUUUUGUUGGAAUUCUGGUAACUCUUAAUCCACGAAUUUAUAUAUCAACACAAUGAUAGACAAAUAAAUCUAUAUGGAUUAAAGUAAUAGGGAAUUUUGUGCAAGAUUUACUCACCAAUGUAGUGCCAUAAACAGUGCACAAUUUUUGUAAAACCACAAAAUUUGAUCCCCAUGAAAAAACAAUAUUCAGUGUUUGAUUUGAUAAAACAGUAUGUCAAAGUUUGUUUAAUAUCUGUAAUUAGUAAUGAAAUUAAGUCUGUUAAGAAAAAUGUAUGCCAGGCUAAUUUUGUUAUUUACUUUUAUUGUCAUUUUAAAUUGUCUCAAUAGCAUUGAUGAAUGAAGACAGAAGAAAUGAAAACAACAGAGUUUGUCAAAAUUUAGGGAUUCAGGAAGAGAAAUUAUCACAAAUCUAUGAAUUUUUGUGAGUUAUGUGUUUUGUGGAGGGAAUAUUUUUAAAGAAAUUUUUCAGGCAUUUUAAUUGGUAGAAUUUUUUGAGAAAUUGAUCAUUAGACUUAAAGGCCCACAAAAUUGAAGUCCCACAAAGGUAUGAUUUUACAGUAUUUUAAUCUUUCUUCGUCUUCCCAGUUAGCAUAUAUGAUAUAUGUAUAUUGAUGGGGUAAACAAUUUAAAUACACCUUCCCUUAAUUUCGUUGGCAAAGCUAUGAUAUGUAAAGAAAUAUUUAUGAAGUGCUAACAUAUUUUUUAAUACCUUGUACUCUAAAAAUGUAAAUAGAUAUUUCUGGGAGCUAAAAAGUGUCUGGUCACUGGUAAGUUACUUGACAGAGUCUAAGGCAAUAACAAAUGUUUCUUCAAUACAAAUCAAUAUCAUCAAUAAAAACUAGGAUAUUGGGUGAUAUAAAACUGAUAUUUUGGAGAAAUAAAGGAAAAUGACUUCAUUGUAUUGCAAUGAUCAACUGUCUUUACAUAUUCUGACCGUAUAUUGAACAAAUAUUUAUUGUUGGUAAAUAAAGAAUGUUAUGUACUUUUCCAUUUAUUUGCAGAAAUAUUGUAAAAUUUUGUGAUACCUAGAAAUAUCCUACAAAUUGCUUGGAUUGGACUGCGCUUCAGACUCUGUCAGUUUUUAGGUUGAUGGUUUUAAUAAUAGAUUAAUAGGAUUAUCAUCAAGACAUGAUGUCAGAAUACUCAUAAAAAACUGUAUUUAAAUAUUUCUCUUUGUGUUCUAUCUCGAUGGACUUUAAACAAUACAUUCCAGUUUGAAAACAUCACCCCCACUCCUCUCCCCCACCCAUCCCCUCCCCACAAAAAAAAAAAAAAAAAAAAAGUAGUUUUGUUCGAUUUCAAACUAAAUGUAUUUGUAAUAAACUUGCAGAUUCCAAAACAUUCUUAUCCUUAUCAUAAUGUUACUGAUUCCCAAAUUUGUAUCAUAGGUAUCAUUUUAAGCUGAUUUUUUUUUUUCUGUUUUAAUUAUCUUGCUUAAAAUAGGUGUAGUGUACUAGCUCUCCAGUGUUACAUAUUGUAGAGGUAACAAGUUUUAUAGAUAUAUUCCUACAUACACAGUUUCACACAAGGAUUGGAUGACAGCUGCAUUAAACUGUUGAUAAUCAUUGAUAUGAUUUCAAGUUCACAGGAAAAGAUUCUUAAUGCGUAUGUUAAAAAAAAAUUUGAAAACUGAAAUAUUCUAAACGAGGAAAAAAAUAAUGUUUUUGAAAUUUUAAGAUGUUUCUCGAAAAAUGACAUUCAGAAAAUUGAUCUAAAUUAUUAGUAGCUUUUGAUCAGUUUAUUUUCAUUUGAACUUAGGUGAUUAAUUUCAAUACACUUCGUAAGUAGUGCAUUUUCUACCUAUUUAUUUCCAGUUGUUCUUCCAGAUAGGAUUUGAAUGAAUGAUGUUAACAGCUUUUAUUAUUUAAAGAUUGAUAUAAAGGUGUUAAUACAGAUUGUGAUGACUGAAUAUUGUUGACACUUAAAUGAUUUGUUUUAUUUUCUGUUAUUGUUUUACGUGAAUGAUUGAGUUCUUUUUUGACAUCAAGGGGAAAUAACUCCACAUUGGUUGCUCUUGUAAUGCAGGGAAAAAGCGUUUUGUUUAUUAUUCAUCAUUAUGCAGUUUAUUAUUCUUUUCCCCAAAAAUUUGAUUGCUAGAAAAAAUACUGUAUAUUUGAUUCUUGGGAUUUGUGACCUUCAUUUCCAGGCUAGCCUAGUGGUUAUAACUCUGGGUCAUAUGUAGUACAUCUAUAUAAGAGAGCUGUUUGAUAGCUCUAGGCAAGAUGUAUAUGUAUGUGAUGGUAUAUGGCUGUCUAAUAGCCCCUGACAAGAUUUCUCCCCAGAUUCCAUUAAAGUUGGACACCAGUAAAUAUGUUUGAUCACCACCAACAAGAUUUUCAUUGUGAUCAUUACAGCCAGGUAAGAGUGUCUGAUAUAUAUAUGUCUAGAUAUUAUAUUGUUGUAGAUGUUAAUCAUACUAUUCACACUAUGACUGAUAAGAAUAAAUGCUGUGUCAAUUUAAACAUGAUAAACUCUGUACAAUAGCCAUUUUUGUCUAUAGAUCAUCAUGCUUCCUCUUAUUUAUACCAAUAUAGAAUAUUGUCUGGUUGAACUCAACAUUCUUGACUUAAUGACUUGACAAACACGUGCAGGUCUAGGUUUUUUGAAAAUCUUUCACGUUGUGUUUGGAUCAAUACACAAUUUUCUGCAAAGAAUAAAAAUACAUUGCAUUUUAACUUACAGUAGAUACCAAAUGAAUUGAUAGAAUCUUUUUCUAGUUGUAAUUAUGUUAAUCAGAAUGUUCAAAUGUAUUGAAAUGUAUAGAUGAAAAUUAAAUUUGGAAUUGAGAAUAUUAGAAUUUUUUCAUUUCAAAUUUUGCUGUUUAUAACAUUUGGGGGGGAAAAAGGGUCUGAAAAUAAGAACUGUUUUAUAAUGUGUCUUUAAAUAUUGUUAAAUUUAUUUAGAUUUAAAUUAUGAAAAAAAACUUAGCUGAGGUUCUGUGUUCUACUGGUGUAAGCUUAAAACUUCAUAUGUUCAAGGUUUCAGGAAAUGUAUUUAGCAAUGUAUCUGUGUAUUACCUAUGUAAUAUAAUCACUUUACACAAGAGAGGUUGCAGAUGAAUAGUUGCUCCUGUGUACAAUUGCCAGUCAACACUUACCAAGGACUUUAGUCACACUAGUAAGUCCCUGGUAUGGUUUUUUUUUCUGUCUGUGAUUAAUAACAUAUGAUGAAUAAAAAAAACUAUUGAAAGACUCAA